AUGGUCCUGGUGGAAAACAACAGGCUCCUCGAGUUCUCAUCAAGGUUCAAGUGCACAUGGUACGGGCUGCCGCACCCUGUCCAGUUCAUGGUGUUGAUUCUGAUGCCGGCGCUCCUGUACGGGGUAAAUCGACUCUUCGACAGGCUCGAAAAGGCUUCCCACGCUCGCCUCUGCCCCCGCGCCGCCGCCGCCUAGAUGGGAGAGAGAGAAGUAAGCAUGCGAUGGCGUCCCGAAUAUGUCGAAGGCACAUACAAUGUCAAAACAAGUGGAAGCGUAUGAUAGGUGUCCACCACCAUGUUGAGGGUGAAGGGAGUCCCCGUCAUUGUCAAUGGGAUGGGCUAGAACGCGCACGACGACGAUGAAAGUUGCGGAUCUGCGCUGCAAGUCUAUGGCAAACUAACAUAGCAUCUGUAUGCGUAGAGGGGGGGGCGCAGCGUGGUAUUCUCAACAGACUCCAAGGGGUAGCUCACGUAUGCUUCUCGGGUGUCCAUUUCACGCCCCGCCUGAUGAUCCGUUUUAGGGCGUCUACAGCGGGUUCAUUAAUUUCGGCAGUAAAGAAACGCCGACUAAACACGGCAUAAUUGUUUUAACAUUUUCUGGUGUCGUCACACCCGUUAGCUCCUCCGCCCAAUGACGUGCUUCGAAGAAGAAGGUGCAGACACCAACCAGGUCAAGCGCUCGUGAUAUGGGCUUCUUUGGGAUCUACCAUUGUUUCCCCCCACUAGAAUAUGGAUUCUGAGCGAAGCAACAGCCAUGGAAUGGUCGGAGUGCUUCGUGUUCCUCAGACGACGCCUUACGUGUCCUCUUGUGCCCAUUCAUCUAUAGGAUGUGUUCGCUCGAGCAGACACACGGCACCCUCGUCGGUAUUUGUAAGUACCAUAGAGACAUGCUUACCGCCAUGUGCUUUUUUCGUGGUUCGUGGACGCUUUGGUGACAAUGUAGGGCAUACUCUGGGGGUCUUCGUCGGCGUAGCGAUUGAUCGUCGUCCAGUAUUCUCACGAUGUCACGGGGUGAGGGAUCGAGAUCGGCGACUAGGUAUCCCAGAGGAUGCACACGAUAGCGUAUUGGGUAAACUAAAUCCUCGACAACCACAUUUUUAUUUGGUUUAUUGUUGGUUUUUGGGGAAAAUUUUGUCAUUAGAAGCCACGGGGAAACACACACACAAGCACCAUGGAUGUGUCUACUAUCUAUGUGGUUGUUUAUUUUGGUUCAUGUUAGUGGAGGGAUUUAGGAUAUGGAGACCAUCGUGUAAAGACGUAUUGGAUCUAUGACUGUUUGCGCUGUACGCGUCAAAGUCAAGUUGUUUGAUUUCAGGCAAAGAAAGAGUACAAGGUGUGUCGCGAUUCGAAUUCGCAGCGCGCCUGCAGGUAGACCGCUACGGAACCACUGGGUCGAGUUUCGCAUAUGGUGGUUGGUUCUGAUGCGAACAGAAAAAUGAGCUAAACGGCAUCGGGUCCUG